UUUCUGUGGCUGCUUCUCUUCAGGCACAACAACGAGAAGACCUUCCUGAUCUGGGUGAACGAGGAGGACCACACCAGAGUCAUCUCCAUGGAGAAGGGCGGCAACAUGAAGCGAGUGUUUGAGAGGUUCUGCAGAGGACUCAAACAGGUGGAGCACCUGAUCCAGGAGAGAGGCUGGGAGUUCAUGUGGAACGAGCGUCUGGGUUACGUCCUCACAUGUCCCUCCAACCUGGGCACCGGCCUGCGGGCGGGCGUGCACGUGCGCCUGCCAAAACUCAGCCAGGACCCGCGCUUCUCCAAAAUCCUCGACAACCUGCGGCUGCAGAAAAGAGGCACAGGAGGAGUGGACACGGCUGCUACUGGAGACACCUUUGACAUUUCCAACAACGACCGUCUGGGCAAAUCUGAG